AUGAGUCAUCAGCAACAGCCCCCUCCAACCCCUCGGCCACCACCCCCUCUCUACUUUCCUUCCCUCUAUGACCGAACGGCACAAAACACCACCCUAGCUGACUGCAGCCUCUGGCGGAAGCUUUUUGUGCCGUUGCGAGGGGGUGAAGUGGGACCAACUGGGCCCCAGAGACCUCCACCUGGGCUUGGGAUUCUCCCGCCAGCCAAUGACCGCUGCUGCCCACCUGCUUGGCCAGCAGGUCUGGCCCCCAUCCCAUAUGAGCCAUUGCGGUUCUUCUGUCCUGCUGCUGAGACCACCCCUCAGUAUGGGACUACGAUACAUCAGCAGCAACAGCCAGAUGGGGAGAUUUGUGAGCUUGGCAUCCGUCUGAAGGAGCUAGAAUUGCUGGCACUCACUGGAGACGGCUCAGAUCCACAGCAGUAUAAGCUUCUUAAGGCUCUGAAGGAUGAGAAGACAGACGAUGUAAUAACAGGAUUGACAAUGAAGAAAAAAUCACCUCCAUCAUGAGAAUUAUUUACAUCUGAUCUUACAUGAUUCUAUUGACAUUAUGUAUCAUUUUAAUGACUACAUAUUUUCUUCAACUCUUGACAAAAUGGAAAUUUACAACUUAUUCUUC